UGGCUAACCGUCGCAGCAUCAAAUGCUCCGAGCUUGCUAUUGAGAAGAAGUGAGUCGGGUGCCCAAUAAAGGGAUCGGCCGUUUUGAUCGCGAUCCAGAGUCGAGUCCAUCCAGGAGAAGAUCGAGAAAUUGUGCAAGAAGCGCGACCAGUACGUGAAGAAGGUGGAGACGUUGAAGGCCGGCCCAUUUGAGCAAGCCAUCGUCCCGUACGCGCAGUCGUCGACGCUCGCGCUCGUUGCUCAGAUGCGGACCACACUCCCCCGCGAGCUCAGAGACAUCGUGUACGAAUUCCUGUGGUGGAACGAAACGGGGGACUUACGCUUCUGGACCUUACAGAACAUCCUUUUUGCGCCGGACUGCAUAGAGAAGCCCUGCCAAUGCCUUCGGAACCGGAAGAUACCAACGUUCGUCAACCCGGCAUUCGUCGGUCCCGAAAUCGCGCUUGAGGCCGUUGAGAGCUUUUACAAAGUCUUCGUUGGACUGCCUGGUUUUCCCAUGGCGCUCGUCCGAUGUCUCGAAAACAUCAAGUCCCUAGUCUGCAACGACGUCUUCCACGUUGGUCUAGAUCCCGCGACCGUCCUCCGAGAAGCAAGGCUUGAGAUCCACGUCGAAGAUUACGUCACGCUCGGUCCGCCGUACACCCACCAGGACAGCCUGAAAGAGUACUUCGAGCCAUUGCUGAGGGUCGUCAAGAAGUCUGGCUUCCAGCUGAAGAUCAACCUAACGCAGCGCCACAUCCGGCUCAACGUGCUCGCGGAGUUUCUCCCAGUCCUGCAGCCCAUCAAGCAAGCUUUUGAUGCCGAAGGCGCCCACGUUACAAUCAAGUUCCAAUACGACGGCGACGCUGACGUCCAAUGGAACCUCAACGAGGCCGUCGCCGCGCCCUCUGGCAACUGGAAGGAGGAUCUGAUCGACUACUUGGAAAGCGAGCCCGAUUUUCCCGGCCACCAUCGCGACUACCUCGACGAGAAUAACUCGGAUUAUGAUCCGGAUGAGUACUGCGGCUCCAGCGACGACCCCGACGAAGAUGAUUCUGAAGUGGGUUGGGAUAGCGAGUUCGCGGAUUUUUGUCCGUGUGGCUGCGGGCGAAUGCUCGACGAGGAUGAUUUGGAUGUGUAUUUCUAAAACCUCGUUUACGCACUCAUCCGCCGUUGACAUCUUGAAGCUUUGCUGCUAUUGCCGGCUUACAUUGGAGGGGGAUUAUGGUGUCUGCCUCGCUGCUGGGAAUAU